AUGAAGGGGACACUUCUUCUGCUGGCCUUCCUAGUGAUUGGAGAGCUGGGCUUCCAGACAACGGAAGCAUGUGCUCCUUUCUUCGGUGUCUAUUUGAGCACUGUCUCUGGAGACAGGACUUGGUUGCAUCAUGAACUUUCUUAUUUCAAACCUACUGUUAAUGAAACGGAGAGCUUUGAAAAAAUCCAGGACUGCUAUGAAGAGGCAGGACUAAAAGCUAAAAGUCAGGAUGUCGAAUUUAUGGCAAGCUUGCUCUUCAGCUCAGAAUGCAAGUCAUACUAUACAGCAGACACCAUGGCUAAAAUUUUACGUGUGUUUACCAAGUCAUGGAAUUAG